AUGUCAAUCCAAAAUGCUAUUCUGCUGGCCAUACUCAUUGGAAGCAGCAAUUUGCGUAUGAGUUCGGCUCUCAAUGUUGCUCUCUUGGGCGACUCUUACGCUUCUGGCAAUGGAGGUGGGAGUUACUCAGGUGGGAGCUGCUACCGAAGUGCCAACGCCUGGGGCAAACAGGCAGCGGAUGGACUUGGUGCCGCCAACUUUGUCAACAAUGCAUGUAGUGGAUCCCAAGUUAGUAGUCUUAGCAGCCAAGACAGUGUUGUCACUUCCUCUACGAAUCUGGUUCUUGUCGGAACGGGUGGUAAUGACUUGGCUUUUGGUGCCGUUGUGAGGGAAUGCUUCCUUCUUGGCUUCCGUGACAAAUUUACAUGUGAAAACCUUAUUGGGGCAGCACGGGACAUGCUCCCAUCUUUUCAGGAUGACCUCGUUGAUGCCUUGGUUGGUAUUGAGAACAACUUGCCUAGCUUUGGAAUAGCGGUUCUGGUUGCGUACCCUCACGUUACAAUGGACACGGAUUACACCAACAGUUGCUGUGGCUUCACAUCACCCAACAGAGACAUUAUUGGUGCACUGAGGUCUUUGGCAAAUGAUGUUGAUAGCAACCAACGUGCAGCAGUCAGCAGAGCAAACAGCCAGGCAGGGCGGACAUUUGCCCACUUCUACGACGACACCAAGAGCCUCUUUGAUGGGCAUGAACCAGACCCGGAUUUUGGGACUAGCAAUCCAAAUGGUUGGAUCAAUGAGUUUGAUGGAUCGACUUUUGAAUUCUUUCAUCUGAACUAUCGUGGCCACAGUGAACUCGGCGCUGCUUUGAUACCAUUUGUUCAGAAUAGAUUGCCUGAAACGUCUUCUCCAGUUGCAACUCCUUUGCCUACUUCGGCGCCAGUUCCAAGUCCCACACAGGCACCAAAUCCCUCCCCUACUUUAUUGCCCACUGAGGAGCCAGUUCCAAGUCCCACAAGAACGCCCACAAGAAUGCCUACCGGUACACCUGCACCAAUUCGGUUCUGGGACGCCAUUUCCAACACGGCGUUCCUCCCCCACUCGCUCCCCAACUCGCUCUCCAACACGGCAUCCAACGCUGCGUCCUGUUGGUCCCGGGACAACGCCCUCCCCCACCUCCUCUCCAACAUGGCGUCCCGCACCAGACUAUGA